AUGGCCUGUCCGCCGCCUCUGGCGACUUCUACUGUCAGCCGUGUGGCUCCUGCCGGCCCGCGAGGCCCUGGCACCUACAAACGGGCUUACAAGGCGUGCGAAGCGUGCCGGAAAACCAAAAGCAAGUGUGAGCUGCAGCCGGCCCUCUCUGGAUCUGCCUGCCGGUCCAACAAACGCGCAAGAGGGGCCAAGCGCAACAUUGACGCCGCUACACAAGGCGAUAUCGGUGCAGCAGCACCGAACGAGGUCUCCGCACCUGACACAGCAUGCGUCGGCGAAAAAGCCAAUGCCGGUGAUGGCGAUGGCAGGGUGUUGCUCAACGAAGACUCGAACGUCGUACUGGACGGCAUGCCAACCAGCGAUCCGAGGCAGCACGCACCUACAGCGCAGGAGCGGGUGACGGAGCCGCCUAUUCCGGGAGACAUCAGCAACAAUCUUGCAAAGACGAUGGUCACAUCUUCGAAGGAUGCAAUAGGCCUUCUAUUUCAGGCUGCUGACCAGAUUGACACCGACUCGAGGUCUGAUGAUGACGACGAGGAUGAUGAUAGCCCGGCGGAUCAUCUUUCCGCUUCACACAACGGUACAUCUGAUGCAGCAACCCCACUAAUGCAUAUGGAGAGGCGGCUGCCACCCCAGCUCUCAAACGAGACCAUUGCACUGUGGAACAAGCAUAGAUUCGUCGUACAGGGCUGGUUUUCUGCGUUCGAAGCGAUCUCGUAUUUCGAAUUCUUCUUCGACCGCUUCGCUCCGCUUUCUCCAGUGGCAGAUUUCAUAUCCGCCGAUCACGAGACCCACAAGCGGCUGAUACUCGACGAACCUCUUCUCUGCUGCACAAUUCUUAUGAUCGCCUCAAGGCAUCUAGCAGCCCAUGGCCCAGCAGGGAAAACUCGGUCUUCUUUCAUCCACGCCAGGACGUGGAGGCACAUCGAGCAUCUCGUUCAAAGAAUCACUUUUGGAACCGAAAAGUAUAGCUCCGCGAAAAGUCGUACACUUGGCAGUAUCCAUGCAUUGCUGCUCAUUAUUGAAUGGCAUCCUCGACUUUUACAUUUUCCGCCUGAGCACGAUGGCUGGGACGCUGGCCUAGCUCCGACUGUAGACGACUCCUUUCAGCUGCAGGACCGCAAUAGCGAGACAGCGAGACGCUGGCGCGAGGACGUCUUCGAGCCCGCGAAAAGGUCUGACCGGCUGAGCUGGACGCUGGUUGGCCUUGCGAUCACGCUCGCUCACGAGCUUGGAGUCUUCGACCCUCAGAACGAUGGAGGCGAGGUGGGCGCAGCAGAAACUUACGUUCCCUCGACCAAGAUCCGGAUCAAGAAGCUUCUAUACCUGUAUUCUCACCAGCUGUCUCUGCGCCUAGGCUGUCCGAAUAUGUUUCCUCAAGGAGAGCAUUCUGUACUCCAACCUGCGCCGGCAGCAAGACUCUCGCAUCUCGACCAUGCGACUAGGGACCGAGAGGUACUCUUGACUAAGUGGAUUGAGAUCACGAAGCUACUUACCACUGCGACACACAUGUUCUUCUCCAGCCCAACAGCGAUUAAAAACAUUUUGAGGAGUUACCAGUACAUUGGCCUGCUGGAACAUUUUCAGCCUCUUCUAGAUCGGUGGCACGAAGACUUUUCCAGAGCAUCCUUGCCAUCAAUACCGGCUGCUGCGAAGCAGGCACUCUUGGUCGACUACUACUACACGCGCAUGUACAUCAAUUCGAUAGCUUUGCAAGCCCUUGUUGAGCGUGCCAGCCAAGCUAGCGCUGGCAACUCCUGGCUGGAGCAAGACUACCUGCGGACAGAAAGCGCUCAAGAUAUCGGCUUCAUCAACGACGUGAGGGAGUCAAGCGGUCAGAUCCUUGUGGUCACCAAGAAGCUUUCUGACGACGGAGUUCUCGCCUAUUUUCCCGUUCGAUUCUUCUUGCGAGUUGUAGCGGCGUCAAUCUUUCUUCUCAAGACUAUCAGUCUCGGGUCGACAGGCACCGAUGCAAAUGUUGCACUGGAUCAUCUUGAAGACGGGAUCCAGGCACUGAUGGGCCAUGAGUCUGACGACAUACAUCUUUCCAGCCGCUACGCGGAGUUGAUAGCACGCCACGUACGCAAACUCAAGCGAAAAUUACACGCUAAGAGAUCCGGACGGACUUCCGGCAGGAAGAACGGUGCACCGCACAUGACUGCUCGUGCGUCCACGCCAAACAUGAGCCAGGACGACAUGCAAAAUCUUGCUGGAGCUGCCGCACAGAAUGAGGUAGAUCUUGGUCAGGGCAGUGUCAACAUGGACGGGAUGCCUGUUGGCGCUGCAUCUUGGAGUGACACUGUCUGGGACGACUGGCUGGCGAGGCCUCUGGAUCCGCUCGUGGCACCCUUUGGUAUUGAGCCGGCUCAAUCCACUGCUGGCCUCGCCAGUGACUCGCUUGACUUUCUCUGGGGUCCACACAUGUGA